AUGUUUUCAUGCAGUCUCUUUCUUUUGAUUCGCCGACGACUGCCUACUUGCACUCUAGUCCGUCGUGGCGGAAGGGUUCCAUACAUGACACACAAAGGCCAGAAUCUCACCAUGUACCCGGUCAAGCUGAUGAAUGGCAAAGAGAAGAAAGAAAUUGCACAAACGACGGGCUGCAGAACGAGUCUGUCCCUUGGUGUCCCGAGUAGGUAA